AAAAAUGUUAGAAGCAUCUGUUUUGCCCAAACUAUUCUUUCUCGUUCUUGAAACUGAAUCUGAAGUUGAAAGGCAAGGAACAAUGGCCCAUUACUAUAACGACUAUAAAAAGAACGAUGAAGUAGAGUUCGUCCGAACCAGCUAUGGGAAGGAUAUGGUCAAAGUUCUCCACAUUCAGCGAGAUGGAAAAUAUCACAGCAUUAAAGAGGUGGCAGCCUCAGUGCAACUUACUCUGAGUUCCAGGAAAGAUUACCUAUAUGGAGAUAAUUCAGACAUCAUCCCUACAGACACCAUCAAGAACACAGUUCACGUCUUGGCCAAGUUCAAAGGGAUCAAAAGCAUAGAAGCCUUUGCUGUGAAUAUCUGUGAGCAUUUCCUUUCUUCUUUUAACCAUGUCACCCGAGCUCAAGUCUACGUGGAAGAAGUCCCUUGGAAGCGUUUUGAAAAGAAUGGAGUAAAGCAUGUUCAUGCAUUUAUUCACACUCCCACUGGAAUACACUUCUGUGAGGUUGAACAGAUGAGGAAUGGACUUCCAGUCAUUCAUUCUGGAAUCAAAGACCUCAAGGUCUUGAAAACAACCCAGUCCGGCUUUGAAGGCUUCAUCAAGGACCAGUUUACCACCCUCCCGGAGGUGAAGGACCGGUGCUGUGCCACCCAAGUGUACUGCAAGUGGCGCUACCAGCAGGGCAGAGACGUGGACUUCGAGGCCACCUGGGUCACUGUUCGGGACAUUGUCCUGGAGAAAUUUGCUGGGCCCUGUGACAAAGGCGAGUACUCGCCCUCUAUCCAGAAGACCCUCUAUGACAUCCAGGCCCUCUCUCUGAGCCGGAUUCCUGAGAUUGAGGAUAUGGAAGUCAACCUGCCAAACAUUCACUACUUUAAUAUAGACAUGUCCAAAAUGGGACUGAUCAACAAGGAAGAGGUCUUGCUGCCAUUAGAUAAUCCCUAUGGCAAAAUUACCGGUACAGUCAAGAGGAAGCUAUCUUCAAGGCUGUGAUGUUGUGGAGUACACUUUCAGCUAAAGAAUUCGUUAAGCCAUUUGUGAUGCUGGAGAUUCCAGUGUGUAGCCAUGCAAAAAUUUAACCUAGUAUAUUGAUUUAUAGUGUUCAUUUUUCUCACAUCUGAAGUAAUUUAUUUCCUCCACAGCUAGUUCAGCAAAUCAUUUGGUGGAUCACUUUAUUAGUAAUUAUAACAUAC